AUGUCAAGCAGAUCGCGGCUAUGUGAGAAGCAGCGAACCAUCAAUAUCAACGACUCGUACCACCGGCUAUACCAGACUCUAAACUCCCAGAAAUUGGAAAAUGUCGGCAACUAUCACAUUGUCAAACAGAUUGGUGAAGGAUCGUUUGGUACGGUGUAUAUGGCGAUCCACAAACUUACCAAGACCAAAGUAGUGUUAAAAUCAGGGUCCAAAGCGGAUCCCAACAUAAUCAGGGAGAUUUUUUUCCAUAAGCAAGCGUUUCAUGAUAAUAUCACCAAAUUGUAUGAGGUGAUCGUCACAGAAACCCAUGUGUAUUUGGCAAUUGAGUAUUGCCCUCAAGGAGAGCUAUUCGAUUAUUUCAUUAGUAGUGAAUGUCGGUUGAACUUUAAAGAUCUCAAAAAUAUAAUUUCCCAAAUCACUGCCGCGGUCUUCUACAUCCAUUCGUUGAACACCGCCCAUCGUGAUCUCAAGUUGGAGAACAUCUUGCUCGACAAGAAAUACAAUUGCAAACUUUCUGAUUUCGGAUUCUCCAGAGACUGUUUCAAGAAUAGCUGUUUGAAAACUAUGUGCGGGACCCAUGUGUAUAUGGCCCCAGAGCUUUUAUUGAUGGGCGACGCCUCCAGCAAUAUCACCUCAUAUAACGGGUUCAAAAUCGAUAUGUGGUCGCUUGGAAUCAUUUUCUAUACCUUAAUUUACGGAGAGAUGCCAUACGAAGACGACGACGAAGAUGUGGUUAAAGUGAAAAUCAUCAAUGAAGAGCCAAACUACGAACUACGGAAAAUCAUUAAGAAACCGCUGAUGGUGGCAGUUGGGGCUUCACCAAGUAUUGUAUCAACAAUAUCUGAUACCUCCUCAUGCUUUUUAGAGACUAAUAAUAAUACUUCGGGAGUUCCUGAAGAAGCAGUCGAUCUCAUCAAAAUGUUAUUGCAAAAAGAUCCUUCUGCCAGACCGCAAACUCUUGAAGCGGUGUUGAAACACCCAUUUCUCCAACCUUAUGGGGCCAGAGCGUUGAAAUACACCAACAGUAGACUCACGCUCACCAGAAACUUUGAAAAUCGACAAUUCGAAACCCAUUUUGAAAAGCAUUUGCUCAAACAUUUGAAACGAUUGGGUUUUGAUGUCAAGAAAAUUAAAGAGAGUGUGAUUAGUAGGAAAUGUGAUCAAUUGGAUGCCAUUUGGUAUUUAUUAUUGGAGAAGGAAAACAAACGAGAAAAGCUAAAAGAAAAGUUCAUACAGAUGGAUAAAGAUCGCCGAGAGAAAAAUUCUUCAAUCGGAGGGCUUAUUGGUAGUGGUAAACGACUUGGACAAAUCCGCAAUUCGUUGACCAAAGAAAUCAUUCUUCCCGGGUUUCCUAAAUCAAAUUCAUCUAAAAAACCUUUACUCUGUGAAAAAUCAAUGGAAAGUUUGAAGAUUGCCAAGUCCUAUAAUAAUAAUAAUAAUAAUAAUAAUACUGCUGAUGGUAGUCCCACUGCCACCAACAAUUUGAGUGAUGAUGCCUGUAGUCCUCUUCAUCGAAUUGUUACCCAUAGAAGUCUCACAUCCGCCAUCAGUACAAAAGGUUACAAAUCGCUUGAAAACUCCAGCAUUAAUUUUCCAGAAGAUACCAAGAAUGAUGCACAGGGGGUAGUGAAUUUUAGAAACAUUUUUGAUAGUUCCUUAAAAAACAAGGGGAACAUAAAGAAUCAGGAAAACGAUUCCUUAAUAACCUCGACCCCGGAAAAGAAUCCUGCAACAUUGAUCGAGUCUGAUAAUGGAGAGACUAAGAAUAUUGGUCAGCAACAAAAGAUGGAGAAGCCUGGAGAGAAAACUCGGCGAAGAUCCUUUGGUGGUUCUGGACAUGGCAAUCGCAAGACCUCAUUAGGUAAUAUUACGGUACAAAUGAGGAAGUUUAGCGUCGAAGAUAUUUCCAAACACAAGUCAAAGGCAUUCGUGGAAAAACUUAAAUUUUGGAUCCAUAAAGCGGGGCAUGCUAAUGGUGGUGGCACGGAAUCCACUGGCGGGAGCCUUACCAGUGCCAGCCGAUUAAGUGCCUCGACCUCCAAGAAAAGUAAUGAAGAUACUGUGUCAAGUAAUUCUUCAGAAAACCCCAGGAAUGUCAAUGAUUUGAAGAUUGCUAUUCCAAAAAGUAGCGAAUUGAGGAUUCAGCACACAAGAUCGUUUUCUGCCAACGAUAUGCCGCAAGAAAAACAACGCGACCGCCUGGGAGGUAAUGAUAAUGGCCAUCACAAUGAUGAACCUAGUAUGGACAGUAAUAACUAUAUGGUAUCCGGAGCUAAUGUUUCAAGAAGCGGAACUUAUAAUAGCAAAAACUUGUCUCCGACCAGUGAUCAAUCAUCUAGACCAAUGCGGACGAAAAAUAAUAAUAUUAGUAACUCUGCCAGUGGGAGUUUUACCAGUGGUAGACCCAAUCAAAAGACCCGUCCUGGGUCGAUGAUUUCUACCUAUUCGGCGAUUUCCCAAAUGUCAGAUCUUUCGCAACUUUCGUUCAAUGGCACGGUGUUAUCAAUGGACACCCCUACCUUGUCGACCUUCAAUAUUGGAUCGACAAACAAUAUGGCCAAUGGAUCGAUAUCUUCAUCAUUACAACCACGGAUUUUCAGAUCGAACUCUUUGGAAAACCAUAAAAUCCCCAAACGAUCUGGUGGGGCGGUUCUGGUGGCGUCUUAUUCUCCCAGCACUUCGGAACAAAGUUCUAGAAAAAGUUCUUUUUACGAUUACAGUACGGGAAGUUUCAAUCUACGAAGCAAUUCUCCCGAUCCAUUCAAUGAUGUGGUAGUGUAUCCUAGCAGCCGGUAUAAUGCGUUGACCCUUAAUAAACUCAGUAGUGUGGAAACUCCUAAACCGGUGGCGGUGGGGCAUCCUAAGGGACCAAAGACCAUUAAAAGCGUGAUGAAGGAAAUUGCCGAAGAGAAGAAUAAAAAAGACUCUAUUAAUGACGAUGAUGAUGGGGAUUCUCAAGGAUCCACGAUGGUUAUUUCUUCAUCGUCAUCAUAUAUCACACCAAUCACCAAUUCUUCAUCAUCUUCAUCAUCAUAUAUUACUCCAAAACAAAAUGGGACUCCUACCACCACCAGAGGUCGACAAAUGAGGAGCGGGAAUUUUAUGGAGAGUCGGUACUCUGCUAGGCGGAAAUCACCCCUUGGAAGUCCUUAUUCUUCAUCUUCUGUGAACCACGGGAUUGGAUUGGGGAGUUUCAAACCUUUUUCCAAUGCCACGAAAAAGAAGAAUGGUAAUAAUAAUAAUAAUGGGGGUGGGGUGUCAAAACGGGCCAGAAAGCUGUCAAUCAUAGAGGAAGAGGAAGGAGAUAGUUUUGAAGACAUCAAUUAA